AUGUUUCACACCGUGAGGGCACAUGUGAUACGGCCUCGCCUGAGGUAUACAAGACCGAAGGUACUACAUACAUGGACUCAUCCUAGACCCACCUCAACACAGCAGAUGAACGCCAGGACAAACAAGGUGCUGAAGCAUUUAUUUCUCGACGGAAAUUUCAUCUUCUUGGGAACUAAUUUGAUAGCCAUUGGUUUUCUUCCGUUCUGGUUGCAAAAGCGGGUUGCGGGGACAGUAUCUGACACGGUAGAGUCGAGAUCCUCGUUUGAUGAUAUGGUUUCAAUGAAUGGUGGGACCCCUUUUUUGAAGAAUUUCCCCAUGGGUCCAGUCACAAUGAGCAUGGAGAACGCUGGGAUGAGCUUGCAAUUUCGCGAAAGCCAAUCCGAGCAGAAUGCGAUGGAAAAUGAAGGGGGAGACUUAGAAUCUGAGACCUUCAAAAUGGACGAAUCACUGCAAUUACCACUCACUCCGGACGAACUGACAACAGAGAUAGGAGUUCCGGUAUAUCCUUUGCAGACUAGAGCUACUGAGGUUCUGAUAGAUACGUUGUGUACGGUGGCAUGUAUAGAGGAUGGUUACAUGAGUAUAUUGGCAGGUAACAAUGAGGGAAAGGAUGGGAAAGGUGAGACUUAUCUCCAAAAUGCAAAGUGCCCUUCCAGACUUUCGGUGACAGAGAGUCUUUGGAAUGCUACUGGAAAGACUCAGGAGCGGGUUGAAUCACUUAAUGACCUGGUUGACUUGAUACCUGAUCGUACUUUGACCCAUCUCAAGAAAGAUUUUCACAAAGGUCUCAAAUCCGGUCUGAAGCACAUUGAUAUACGACCAGCCAUCAGAAUUGCGCACCCUUAUGGAAAUUCGUCAGGACCAUCCCAUCUACAGAAACAACUUCAAGCUGUGUUCAACGAACACCACAGCUCGCAUAGCUCGCCAAAGACGCUUGUUUUGGCCUUAUCGCAGAUACUGAAGAAAUACCCGCAACAACUGACAACCGAGUCCUACAAACUUUUGCUGGAAAACUUUGAAAGAAUGAAGUAUCACGAGCUGUCAUAUGGCACCAUGUAUUCGUUGCUGGAUCCGAAGUUCCAGGUCAGAAAUCCCAGAAUUGACUUUUAUGAGCUGCGCCACUAUAUACAGAGGAUCUGCUCGAGGCAGAAGAUAUCUCUUGAAAAUGUGAAUCAUUUGUUCUAG